AUGGAUGUUCUUUAUUCAUUAUUGGAUAUUGAAAAUCAACAACUUAAUAUGAUAGUAAAAGAUCAAAAGUUUAUUACAAGUCUCAAUUUUGUAUUGACAAUGGUAACUAAUAAUGUAUUGUUGAUUGAUGAUUGUAAACUUGAUCGAUUUCGUAUAAAUACUUUGUCAAAAAUUGCUCUUAAUAUUAAAUCUCUUAUUGUUGAAUCGGAAUCUAUGGAACGUAUUCUUCUUGCUGCUGAUUAUCCUAAUCUAGUUGUACUUAAAUUCUUCAAUUUCAAUAACAAAACUGCUUCAAAAUAUUUUACAGAAAUUGAUAAAGUUGGUCAUGCUGGUGAUGAUCGACGACAUUCAGAAACCAUUCGUUCUUGUUUAAUAUUAAAUGAUUUACGUGAAAAACAUAAAACAACAUGA